AUGGGAAAAGCCAAGAAGACAAGAAAGUUUGCUCAGGUGAAGCGGACCAUCAACGCGAAGGAUCCCCGGAUGACCAAAAACCAGAAAGAGCCAAAGGUUGACAAAGACAAGGAGCUUGUCAGAGAAGUACCACAAGUUUCAUCAGCUCUUUUUUUCCAGUUCAAUGAGGCCAUCAAGCCUCCAUACCAAGUGCUUAUCGAUACCAAUUUCGUGAAUUUCAGUAUCCAGAAGAAGAUUGACUUGGUCAGAGGAAUGAUGGACACUCUAUACGCAAAGUGCAUUCCAAUAGUGACAGACUGUGUUCUUGCAGAACUGGAGAAACUGGGUCACCGUUACAGAAUCGCCCUCACACUGGCAAAGGACCCACGAGUUCAGAGACUUACAUGUUCGCAUAAGGGAACAUAUGCAGAUGACUGCAUUGUCAGCAGGGUUUUGCAGCACAAGUGUUAUAUUGUGGCGACGAAUGAUGCGGACUUGAAGAGGAGGAUACGAAAGGUGCCGGGUGUGCCUAUCAUGAGUGUGGGAUCCCAUGCCUACGUUAUCGAGAGAUUGCCUGAUGUAUUUUAG